CGACACGACCUACCUCAUCAACGUCGACGUUUGACUCUUCUUCUCCAUCACACACACAAUACUCCACACAACACACCGGAGCCGACAGCACCCAGCAACGCCCAGCCAGCCAGCCAAUCACACCCCGCGCAUUCGUCACACCCCACCGCCCGGGUUUGUCCGCCCUAGUGUCACCACCGCCGCCGCCCGCCAGUUGUUUCGUUACUCAUCCCUCUCCGACUCGGGGUUCCAUCACAUCGGACCUUGAUUAAUCUUCAACUCUUCGACUCCAACUACUAUCUCACCCCUGCACCUCCUCCACCCAUACACCAUGUCCCUCCUCGCCCUGCGCCAGCCCCUCGCCUCGACGUCGCGCCUCGCCGCGCGCCGCUUCGCGUCGUCGUCGGCACCCACCCUCGCCCAGCCGGCACGAACAAUCGUCCGCACCGACUCGCCCGCGGCACACCCCCACCUCGCGCCCCUGUCUGACGGCGGCAAGCCCGGCGCAACGGUCGCUGGCUCUUCGCUGUCGGCUGCGCCGUCGUCGGACGCCGCCGCCGCCAAGCCCAAGCCUAGGCGACGUGAGAUCAAGUCGAAGAAGGCGGCAUUGUCAAUCACCCCCGAAGCCGUUGGCCGCCUCCGCGCUCUCUCCUCCUCCCCCACCGAGCCCAAGCUCCUCCGUAUCGGCGUCAAGACGCGUGGCUGCGCCGGCAUGGCCUACCACCUCGAAUACGUCAACCCCCCAGGCGGCAAGUUUGACGAGGUGGUCGAGCAGGACGGCGUCAAGGUCCUAAUCGACUCCAAGGCCCUCUUCUCCAUCAUUGGGUCGCGCAUGGACUGGCGGGAUAACCGCUUGAGUGCGGGAUUUGUCUUUGACAACCCGAACAUUGUCGACACGUGUGGCUGCGGCGAGAGUUUCAACAUCAAGUUUUAGAUGAAGAAGACGACGACGCCGUACAGCUAGACCGGGUCGGAUCAAACGCGGAUACCGACCAUCUCAUGUAACCUGCCAAGUGUACCACUAUUGGAAUCAAUGCAUCUGUUUGCCUAG